GGCACGGAAACAUUCAACGCCAACGCUAUUCAACGUCAGCCAUCACUAUUAAAACGGAUUUGAUUUAUAUUGCCGUCAACGGCAGUGAAUGAGUUAAAUGAAGACGAGACUCUUGAUUAAAAUUUCAUCUCGUGUGGAAAAAUUACAAAUGAUCUGUUUAUUACUAAGAUUUUGAAACGGAUAAGAAUAGCCAACUGCGCAAGACCACAAAACGCCAAAGGAAUUCAAAAUAAAAUAACCACUAGGCAUGCAAGGUAAUAAAUUUAAAUCUGCUUUUGAUAACUGAUAUUGAGCCUUAAAUAAUCAUGCACGCACUCACAAAGAUAUACAUGCAUAUAUGUAUGCACAGAGAAACAAUGUUUUAUUAAUACUGUAGUCUCUUUUAUACUGAAAGAGUCGGUCAGCUGAUCUGUGACACCUGAUCCCCGGCAUUUCUCAUCUCUCCCUCUCCUUUCUUCUUGCCGUGUGUUGUACUUACUGUAAUUCACAAUUUACAGUGAGUGAUUUAGUAUUCUGACAGUCCACAAAAAACUGUCGACAGACACUACCACGCAGUCAAUUGAGAAUUUACGGAGAAAAACAGAUAUGGCAUCCACACAGUAUGAUGAGAAACCAAAGCCUGGCGACCUGAUAGAAAUCUCCCGUGGCACCUACCAGCAUUGGGCAAUAUACAUUGGCAAUGGCUAUGUUGUUCAUUUGGCCCCACCAUCGGAGGUUCCGGGCGCGGGCAUCAACAGCAUGAUGUCAGUCCUGGCAGACAUGGCCAUUGUGAAGAAGGAGGAACUGUGGGAGGUGAUUGGCGAAAGUUUUUGGAAAAUCAACAACAUACUGGACGGCAAGUACGAGCCCCGCCCCGUCUCCAUCAUUGUGAGGGAUGCCAUAGAGCUUGUGGGCGAGGUUAUGCCGUACUGCCUGAUUCGUAGAAAUUGCGAGCACUUUGUCACCCAGCUGCGUUACGGCAAGGGCCAGUCCCGACAGGUCCGUCAGGUGGGAGAAGCCGUCAUGGUUGCAGGUGGACUGACUCUGGGUUUUUUGGGCAUAGCAGCUCUGGCAGCAACUUUGUUCGGCGGCAACAAGGACAAGCACAAACAGUGACAAAAAAAAGGAAGACACUGCUGCUUGAUUCAGUGACUCACCAGCAAAGCUUUAGUUAUAUUGUAAGUUGUCUUACAAACCAUUCAUGGAUAAGCACACUGAGUUUUACAAUGUUGCACUAAUCAAUGAGUGUUUGCAAUUUAAUUCAAAUUAAUCCCAUCUGUACGGUUUUGAUAUAUCUACUGUUUUACGAGAUUUUCAAACCUUUUAUCAUUUUGUAAGUGGGUUUAGGAUAUUGAUUUGAUUGUUUAUCGAAUAAAUUUUGGGUCAAUUUCAGUGAUAAGCCAUGAAAUGUUUAAUUGACCUUUCGCAAACUCCGCCUCCUGAACGACCAUAAAAAAAUUUUUUUUAAAUCACAUCAUAGAGACUUGUCAAGUGAGCAUGAUCCAAAACAACCUAAUGAUUCCACAUUGGCUAAUUUUACAAAAGGUCAAUUGGUCAAAUGUGGUGGUUUUUGCUGAUUUGUAACAUGAACAAACUAUCACUUAUUAAUACAAGUGAUACACAUCAUAAUAAUAGUGACAUUUAAAACAUUU